GAACGUUACAUCGAAUAAAAAUGGUUGCUCGAAAAUCAAAGAACGGCUUUACAAACACGCUCACCGUCGACGUAAUGAAACAGAAUCAGUCUUACGUCUCGGACUUUUACUAUGCCAUUCAAGUAAGCAUCAGCCUGCUGAAGCCGAUCGGUGCCUGGCCUCUGCGACAGCAAGCUACUAUACAAGAAAUUAUCAUUCACGGUGUAUCGAUCAGCAUCGCCAUGUUUCUUCAACUCUUCACGAUCAUCUCGUGGACCUUAUGUAUAAUUACCACGAAAUGGAGCUACUACGAGAUCCUCAGAACCGCAUGUCCGCUGAUAUUUACAGUUACCGUUUUUCUGAGGUAUCUGCUGCUGCUGUCCCAUCGGGAUGAGAUCAAAUCGUGCAUCGAUCGCAUUGCUGAAGACUGGCGAAACGUGACGAUAGCCGAGGAUCGCCAGAUCAUGUUAGCUAACGCCAAGUCGGGACGCUUCUUUGGAAUGAUCUCCACGGCGUUCAUGUUCGGCAGCGGUAUACCUUACACCUGCAUGCCUUUAGUGUUGCCACCCAUCAUUACGGAGGACAACGUGACGAUUAGAUCGUUCCCCAAUCCCUGUGAGCUGGUAUUCGUGAACGUCCAGGUCAGUCCAGUUUAUGAAAUUGCAUAUGUAUUGGUUGCUUUAGCGUGUCUCACUGCAUAUACCGUAUUUUGCGGCAUUUGUAGUUUAACAGCCAAAUUCGUUACUCAUAUAUGCGGCCAAUGCGAAAUCCUGAUGUGUAUUUUCGAAGAAUUGAUCGACGGUGGCAAUCGAAAUCGAGGGACUGUCGAUCAAAGGAUCAGUACCGCUAUAAUAUAUCAUCUUCGAAUACUCAAAUUCGUCUCUGACGUAGAUAAGGUAUUGAACGAGAUAUGUUUAGCGGAAUUUAUAAAUGCUUCAUGUAACAUAUGUUUACUUGGUUACUACGUUAUUAUGGAUUGGAAUAACCAGGCAUCGAUGCUACAAAUUUCCGUAUAUUUCAUCGCCUUUAUAUCAAUUACGUUUAACAUAUACAUAUUUUGCUACAUCGGCGAACAGCUCGUAGAUCGAUGCCAAAAAGUAGGCAUUAAGUGCUACAUGAUUGAAUGGUAUCGUUUACCAGAAAACAAGGCACGCAACUUGAUGUUUCCGAUUAUUAUGUCGAGUUAUCCGGUCGAGCUUACUGCCGGAAAAAUGGUGAAACUGACUAUGAGUAGUUUUUCUAAUAUUCUACAAACGUCAAUGGCAUAUCUUAAUUUACUUCGCGAAGUUUCCUCGCGAGAUAUGUAAAUGUACAUAAGUUUCCGAUCAUUUUUGAUGAAGUAAUUAAGAAAAAUGAAAU